GUCUCUACCGCUUCCGAUUCCGGCGUCGCACCCCGACCCUGCGGGCAGGAGCGGGCGCUGUUCGGAGGCCGCUGCCCAGCCAGGAUUGUUACCACCCGCAUGCCAAACUCCGAUGUGAAAGUGCCAGGCGAGCUGUAUGGCAGUCACAUCCUCACUGCACAGCUGCAGGUACCUGUGCACGGUCACAAUGCAAUGAGUUAAUGAGGAGCCAUGGCUGAUGUGCUUCAUUGCAGCACAGAAGCAGGGAUCUGUGGCACAGCUGCGCUUUGCUGAGAACUGGAACGUUUCAUGUCACUUUUCUUCAGUGAUUGACUAGCAGACAUGGGGCCAAUGAAGUAUAAAUCAAGUGUGUCAUCGGUGUCCUGUGGGCUGCAAUAUCACCGUUCUUUGAUAAAGCGAGGGCAAAGAAUGAAUGUACACUUAGUGAGGACUUAUCACUCAUCUGGACCGAAGAGACCUGAAGCCAAAUCAGCCAUAGAAACAGCUGUGGGCAUCCUGAACCGAGUGGCGGAGGCUGGAGCUGUCGCGGGGAAAAACUCCCUGCAGAAAAUAUCCACGACUGGCAAGAACUGGUGGGACAAAUACGAAGAGUUUGUUGGGCUGAAUGAAGUUCGGGAGGCCCAGGGAAAAGUGACAGAGGCUGAAAAUGUCUUUAUGAUAGCUCGAGGGAUAGUACGACAGGCCCGUGAAAACGUAGAAGCCCAGCAGAUAAAGCUGAAGGAAGUUCGGGACCGCUUGGACAGGGUCUCUCGGGAUGACACCCAGUAUUUAGAACUGGCUACACUGGAACACAGAUUGCUGCAGGAAGAGAAGAGGUACCGAGCUGCCUACUUAAAUGCAGAAGAAUCUGAGCGAGAAAAGUUUUCUCUCUUCUCUGCGGCCGUAAGGGAGAGCCAUGAGAAAGAGCGGACAAGAGCUGAAAAAACAAAGAACUGGUCUAUUAUUGGUUCUGUACUGGGAGCCAUUAUAGGUGUUCUUGGUUCCACCUAUGUUAAUCGAGUAAGGCUGCAGGAACUGAAAGUCUUGGUGCUUGAAGCACAGAAGGGCCCAAUAAAUCUGCAAGAAGCCAUCAAAGAACAGGCAUCCACCUAUGACUUGCAGCAGAAGGAUCUCAGCGAUGUCAUAGCAGACCUGAAAAACAUUCUGCAAACAAGGACGUCGCAAGGAACAAAAGAAGGUGUUUUAUUGGCAAGAGAAGACAGGAGUGACUCCAUAAAAAUAGAUUCUCUUUUAAUUCCUCUAAAAGAACAGCUUAACUACACCAAACAAGUCAGUUCAUGUCUCGGGAGUUUACAGCAGCAGUUUACCCGUCUGCAGGAAAGUGUAGCACAAGUAAUUUCUGAGGUACAGAGUGUUAAACUUGCUGUUCAUUCUAGACCUAUGGAAAGAGUAGCAGCCAGGUCCUCAGGAGAGAGUAAGGGCCAGGCUUCUGCUGUGAGAGAUGUGAUUUUAGAGCUGUGUGACACAGAGCGGAGACUGGAAUCACAAAUUAAGAGGAAUUCUAUUUACAGCACUGCACUGACAUGUACUGUGUUUGCUGUUAGCCUACCAGUACUCUAUAUUUUACUGAAGGGGAACUGAUCUCUAAUGAGUUGCCAUAAUUUACUAGAUAAAUAAAAGUAAACUUGCACUGUGCUUAGACUACAAGUCCAAAUAAAUCUGUGCUAGCGUU